AGAGACAGAUGUGAAUGUGUUUGUUUUUGGCAACUUUUUAUUUGUCGACUCUUUUCAUCUCGAGGACAAUGGCAAUGCUUUGGUGACAGACACGCUAUUAAUUUGUUCGUGCAGAAAAAAGUCGCUGAAAUCAGAAAUUCAUGUCGACUACAAGCAGUCAGCUUGAAACAAGCUCGAAGAUGGACCAACCUACCGCGGAGAUGGAGCAGAUGCACGAUGGGGCGGAGGACGAUACAAGUGACCUGAAUGUUUUCUUGGAAAGCAUGGUCACGAAAAACAGUAAAUACGUCAGCCGGUUCGACCUGAUCGGAGCAAAAAAUAGCGAAUUUUACUCAUCGGAUGCUGUGGUGAGGGUACUGAUUAAGAACGCGGGAGAAACUGAUGAAACGCCGUCGGAUCUUCAAAAUCUUCUUUCUACGCCAACUAAAACGCCUGCGACCUGUGCGAGUCAGAGCACCCCUGCUACAGCCAAUAAAGGAAGCACGAUAUCAGAACAAGAAAGUUAUGGAGCGACUUCUCUCCCCCUACCCCGGAAUUUCAUCGUUUUUUAAACUAUUGAGCAGGUUUGAUUUUUUGUUUUUCGGCACCUGCUCACACAUGCCGACGUCGGUUCCCGAGCAUCAGAUUCUGUACACUAGCUGCGGAAAAAGUGGGCCAUGAAGUAGUACCCUGCGCACACUAGCUAAUUUAUUCGAACCAUGUGAGAUAGCUGGAAAGUUGCAAACUAUCAAGCAUGAGCCAUCCGAAUUUCGCGCAGCGGGCAUAUAUAUAUAAAUAUUGCCAUUCAUGACAUUGCACUAUCUGGGUCCAAAGGCUCAGCAAACUUCUGAAGCCCCGGCUCCGAGUAUUCUGGUGGGCCGGCUCUAGUGGAGUGAAAAAUCAUGAGCCGGCCCACAAUUUGCAAAAAUCAACAAAAGCUGCGCACUUUGGCGCAAUGGACCUGAUUUGAAAAAAAUCGCAGUCCGCUGCAUGUUCGGACCACUACCCCGAGGAUUUUCCUGGAUUUUUCGCUGCACAAAAACGACAAAAAAAUAAAGCGAAUGAUCGUUAUGGUUUUUGGUUUGGGUCGAUUCGGGUUCUCCGUCGGGGGUUCAAUACGAACAUGCAUGGUAUGCUCAGAAACCGGCUCGACCAAACUAUCUGCUGCAUGAUGGCAGCAGAGUUCCCAAGUUUGUUCGGGGGCGCAGUAUGAACUUGCCCGGUAUGCUCCACGUUUAGGGCGUGCAUGUUUUUGCAAUUGUAAGUAAAACUAUUAAGCAGUUCAAGUUUUUAUUUUUUUUGACCUGCUCAAUAGUUUUCGGAUCCGCAGAAUCCGCAGAUCUCGGAUCUCGACUUGAACUCGAGAUCCGAGAUCCACGGAUUUCGGACAUGAGCAUUUUGGUGGAAGCAAAUUUCGGAUGGCUCAUGUAUGAUAAAGUAAAAGUUGCUAGCUAUCUCACACGGUUCGGAUAAAAUGGCUAGUGUGCACAAGGUCACUUCUCAUCGUCCGCUUUUUCCCUAGCUAGUGCACAGAGUCUGUCGCUCAGGUCCACACGCUCGGAUCAUGUGACCGGGUCGCAUUUUUUUAUUUUUCAGACCUGCUCAAUAGUUUGAAAAACGAUGAAAAACCGGGGUAGGGGGAGUGACCACGUGGGAUAAAAGUUGUAGCUUCUCUGCUUCAUUUGACUGGCCUGCGCAAGAUUUUCUCGCAAUCAGGAAGAACCCAACGUUCGCCGCGGACGACGUCCCUUUCGGGCAAAGGAUGCAGCAGUUAGUUUCUGCAAACGAAGACCCGUAUGCCAUGGAUGCCAGUAUGUUCAUGGCGGGUAUUGGAACGGGCACUGGCUCGGCAUCGCCGACAGGCUUGGCCAUAAAAACACAGCAACAAGACGACACGCACCAAGUUUCGAUGAGCGACUUUUUUCCACCAGAGAAAGAAAGCAACAUGGACGAAAGCAGCACAGCGGCGCUAGAAUUACAACGCGGAUGCUACUUCGCCUGGAACGAUCUUUUCUACCGCGGAAGCGGCGUCAGUUCCGUGCGAAUUAUAGGCGAUAGUGAGAAUGGAAACAUCGAAGCAACUUUCGAAGUGGUUUCUCGUGAGGAGAUCUACGACCGAGUGCUGGUUACACUGGAGGAAAUAGGAGCUGCCACGAAUACAACAUCAGACAUGACAAGCACAAGAACUCGGAUCUUGAUGCUCGAUUCAACAGCUGACCACCUACUUCUGGCACACGGCACAAAGGCAAACGCGCAUGCAUUGGAACAGCUGACGCUAGGCAUCACGGACUACUUGCUGGACUGUGAGAAGUGAAAGCAAUGAGAGCUGCUGCUGUCCACCUGGCGGGACCAGGAGUGAUUCCUUGGAGACUGAAGAUUAGGCUAGUACAACUACAGCGACAGUUUUACUACUUGCUUCUCAGUAGGAGAUGACGUGUGACAGCAGGUUGUGUUGUAUCACUUGAAAUGUUGUAGCUACCGGCCGUUUUAGAUUUGGAUGGUGAGUUCUUCGCCUGUUGGCUCCUUUUUACGUCGACGCAAGCGCGCACGGCUUGAACCAUUUCAAAAACUACGAGAAGACACAGAUCGAUGUGCUCGAAAGAACGCC